AUGCUGUGGCUAACAGUUGUUGUCCUUAGCCUCACGAGCAAGAAAUGGAGGGUCUUCUUCUGGUGCUUUAUCGCCUUCAACACCAUUACCAGCGUACUCGACGCCGCCGUUAUAUUUCCUCAAUGUACCCCCGUGGAACUUAACUGGGAUAAAUCGGUGGAAGGACACUGUUGGUCGGCUAACGCUAUCGAUGCGAUUGGAAUCACCCAAGGAGCGAUUGCUGCAUCAACGGAUUUUGCGUUGUCCAUUCUGCCAAUUGUUUUUCUAUGGAACAUCAAACUCCCUAAGCGAGUAAAGGUGGGCAUAUGCGGGAUCAUGGCCUUGGGGUUCGCGUGA